CCCAGGUUCUGUCAUACCUAUUGACCUGCUAGCGGUAUUUGCCUUCACUGAAACAGUGCCCUUUUCUGCGCAGAUCUGACCAUCCUCGUAGCAGGUGUCCGCUUCAGCGAGAUGAGGUCUGUGAAGCACAAGGUGAGGCGCAAGAUGAAUGUGCACGUCUAUGAGCAGAGCACCGACAGGGCCAAACGACUCAUCAGGUGCGCCACAGCAGACAGCCAGGCACAGUAGAAGAAGAUCUUACACGCGCUGCAGGAAUGACAUUAUGGGCGUCCGCAACACGUUCGCCAACACAUUCGCUUACAGCACAGAGAUGAAGGAGCGACUCAUGAGCAACAUCACGCGGCUCCUCAAGAUGGAGUACGGCAAGUGCGGCCACUUCUCCGACACAUCAAGCGCCUCCGAGAGCGACAAUGACGACCCAUCUUUAUCAUCUGGAGGGCGUCGGAGUGACACCCCUCGCGGCCGCUACAAGGAGCUGCCUGUGUGCUCUGCUUACUGGCCCAUCGGAUCUGAGUUCGACGCGCGGCACAUCCUCACCUUCCUGGACAGCAGGGGCUAUCGGUGUGGGCUGCCGGUGGUGGAGCAGAAGGAGGCCAGCCUCAUCUUCAGGGCAUGGACGCCGGGCAUGCGACUCGUCAAGGGAAAGGUGGGUGAGCACACACAAUCAGUCUCCCUGAGAUCCCAAUCAGUCGCUGUUGGCUGCGUGUGUGUGUGCGUGCAGCAUCAGGUUCCCAUUCCUCCCGCUGAGCGUGCAGCAGAGGUGCUGCCCGACCUUGUGUUCGUCCCCCUGUUGGCGUUCGACCGAACCGGCUUUCGAGUGGGCUAUGGCGGGGGCUAUUACGACCGCACCCUCAAGCACCUUCGGGAGCGGUGGAUGAAGCGCAUGAGCGGCGAGACCCUCCCCGAGUCCCUGCUGCCGGUCUUCUUCAACAGACCCUAUGAAGGGUCCGGCCGCACCCCCUCCAUCAUCAUGCAGCGACUGCAGCAGCUGGGCCCGCGAGCCGCCAACCUGCCCAUCGACGACCUGCAGCGGCAGAGGCCCGAGGACGUGAUGCCUGUGGUGGCGUGUGGCGUGGCGUUCAGCUGCCAGGAGGUGAGGGAGGUGCCUGUGGAGGACCAUGACGAACGGCUUGAGUACAUCUUGACUGAGGAGGAGUUGGUGGUGUGCCACGACAGGGAGAGCCGGCUGAUGGCCAGGGAGGGCAAGGUGGGGGUGCUGGCAGAUGAGGGGAGUGAGGUGGGCAGGACGGGCGUCCUCCUCAAGGAGGGUGGGAAGAAGAGGGUCCGCCUGCCAAUCAGGCCGGCAUUUUCUGUGCCCUACUGAUGAGUCAGUGAGCCGUGUACGGUGGGUGAUGUGUGUCCAUGCACGUGACAUGAUUUGA